AACUGCCCAUUUUAUGAAGCCCAUUGCUACCUCCAUUGAUGGAACAUUUUCUGAGAUUCACUCAUCCUCUGUGUCACCCAUGUUUCAUUCCAAGUGGCCUUUGAAACUCCAUUUCAAUGGAUGGCACCUCACUCAAAAGAAAUGGGUUACUUGGGUGGAUGCCCUUCAUCCAAGGUAUGAAGCUGUGUGGAAGAAGGUUGGCAUCUUUGAAGCUAUCAUGAGCACUAAGUGCCACAUUUUGAAAAACCUUGACUUGGUAUUUGGGGUUGCAGAAAAGUGGUGUCCUGAGACAAAUACCUUUGUGUUUCCAUGGGGUGAGGCCACAAUCACGUUGGAGGAUGUGAUGGUUUUGGGGGGUUACCCUGUUCUUGGGCACCCUGUUUUCACCUCACUUCAGAACCAGGAGAUGAGAGAGGUAGAACAAAAAUUGAUUCUUGCCAAACAAGAACCUUGGAGGAGUAGAAAAACAAAGGCUUAUUUAUCAAUUUGGAUGUCUACUUUCAUGAAUAAUGGGAGUGAAAUUGAGCAUGAAGCAUUCCUUGCUGCUUGGUUGUCAUUUUUUGUUUUUCCUCAUAAAAAUUUUGUGAAUCAGUAUGUAUUCCCUAUUGCUAUUCUUCUUGCUAGAGGUAAUCCCAUUGCUUUGGCACCUGCAGUCCUGGCUAGCAUAUAUAAGGAUUUGAAUCUGUUGAAAAAGAAAAUGGUUGAUUUGACAAAAUUUCAAAAUUUGCACUUGAAGUCUGAUUUAAAUCUUGAGUCACCCUUUUACUUAGUUCAAAUUUGGGCAUGGGAGAGGUUCAAAAGUUUGCAGCCACAACCCAAUUUAACCAGCUGUGGAGACCCUGCAUUGUUUAGGUGGCACAAGGUUAGUGCCAUGAAAAUUGACAAUGUGAGGUUGGCACUAAACUCAGCUAUGGAUGAUUUUCUUUGGCGUCCAUAUGUGAGAUAUGGUGGUAAGUGCAGGGCAUUGUAUCCAGAAAAUGAAAUCCAGAUAUCAUUUGAGGUAGAUUUGGAUAAAGAGCUAACCUCAUUUGUUAUUUGCAUGAGAGUUUCUGAGCUUGUUGGUUUUGACUCUACCAUAAUGCAAUACUUUCCAUAUCGAGUUUCUAUGCAAUUUGGAAUGGAUCAAGAUAUUCCUGGUAUUGUGCCUGUAUUCAAAGGGACUAGAGCUACUGCAUGGGAAAAUUACUGCAGGCCCAUUUCUCAUAGGAAUUUGUAUUUUCCAUCAAGGCUUUUUGAGGCAGAUGUUACCACAAGUUAUGCAAGGUGGUGGAAGCAAUUAGUAUUGGAUGAUCAGGAUUUUGCUAAAAGAGUGGUGCGGAGGAAGAGAAGUGCAAGGUCAUCAAAACAUGGACCCCAUGUAGUUAAAGCAAACAUAAGUCGUAACGAUGCUGAUAUACCACCUGAGGCUCUUCCCAAAAUUGCUGGCACUGUUAAAUCUUUUGAUGAUGGUUCAAGAAGUGUGAAGGUUGAGAAUGGUGCUGAUGUUCCACCUGGGUUUGCUCCCAACAUUGUAGGCACUGUUAAAUCUUUUGAUGAUGGUUCAAUAAGUGUGAAGGUUGUGUAUGAUGCUGAUGUUCCGCCUGGGUUUGCUCCCAAAGUUGUUGGCACUGUUAAAUCUUUUGGUGAUGGUUCAAGAAUUCUGAAGGUUGAGAAUGAUGUUGAUGUUCCACCUGGGUUUCCUCCCCAAGUUGUUGGCACUGUUAAAUCUUUUGAUGAUGGUUCAAGAAGUGUGAAGGUUGAGAAUGAUGCAGAUGUUCCACCUGGGUUUCUUCCCAAACUUGUCAGCAGCGAAGCAAGAGCGUCUAAUGAGGGAGUAAGCCUGUCUGGGGCUCAAGGUGAAAGCCAUAACUGUGAAUCCGAAGUAAAUGUAGUGGAGCUUAAACCGAGAGUUAGCAGAUUGGAGAGGGUGAUUAAAAAAUUAAAGAUAGCAAGGUUCGGUCACCGUUGAGAAAGUUAUCUGCUCAUCAAACUAAAAUCCUACCUCUUGCUAGCAUAUGUUGCUUAUUUCCUAUUGUAGCUAAAACUAAUGUUCAAAAAACAAAUGUAAGGUAAUCUUUUAGGAUCUUAUUGGUGGUACUUUAUUUGCUUUCGCUUUACUAAACAGAAUGAUAGUUAUUUAUCUGUUCAUCCUCGUACCAGUGCAACUAGGUAUGUAAAACAGUGGAUCUUUUGUUGCGAAUUUUCA